UAAAAAAAAACAGUCAGCAAAUGAAAAACAAAACAGAGAAGUCAAAAAUUGUAGUUUUGUCUAUUAAAUUUGUGAAAAUGAUUUAAAACAGGUCAACAUGAAUGCCCUUCUGUGUUUGUUGAUUAUUGCCAUUGUCUUAUUUGUUGGCAUUACGUGGGUCGUGCCGAAAUUAAUCGGAUAUGUUCUGUUAAGGAAAUUUAAGGUGCACAUACAAUUCGGACGAAUCGGAAUACCAUUCUCGUUGAAAGAUGUGAAAAUCUUGAAAAAUGGAUUUUCUUUGCACAUCGAUGAGAUUUGCAUUCGUAGCAGUUUUUUCAAUUCCGAAGUAACAAAAUUACUAUCAAUUAACAUCCGUGACAUCCGUAUAAACAAAGACAUAAAUAAAAAAUUAACGUCCGACAAUAUCGUUCACCUAAACACAAUUACCAAAGGUGAUAAGAGAGUAUUGGAUUUUCGUAAUAAAAAAAUUCCGCCAAGUAUCAUCAAAUUUGUGCAGUUUAUGGCAGUGCAUAUCCAUAACAUAUCAUUAGUGUUGAUGAACAAUAAUUUCGAACCAAAUUGGUUGUUACAUGCAACUGCAACUGAACUUCAUCUGGAUGGAAGUAUUGUUCAUAAUACUAAGUCACUGAUUGUUACAGCAGCGCUGAACGAUGCACAGGCGAAAAUGCUGCGACAAUAUCCAGUCGCAAAAAACAGCAACGACAAAUCCAAAUCAAAACCAUGCCUAGCGGAAUUGAGUUUCGGGAUUGCAUUAGAUGCUGUGUUGAUUGCCAGUGGCCAGCCAUCUCUGGAGAAAAUUCAUGUAGCAAUGAACCAAACCAAAACCAUUAUACAUGGCGGACUGUACGACUUUAUUCGCGAUGCUAAAAGUGCUCAGCGAGAUUCGAAUAAGGAUAUUGUUCUGAACGAUUCGUCGGAAUUCAAUUCACAGGACUUCUACGAACGAAUUUCUCCGAUCAUCCCCAAGAAUUUUCUGUUCAAAAUUGAAAGUGCUCGAGUGUCGGCAGUUAAGGACAAUUCAUCGGACGAUUUUGCAGCUAAGUUGAAGUUGCUAAUGAUAAAUGGGAAUUUUAAUUCCAAAUCUAUUACUGACAAAUAUCAACUGCCAACCAUGUACACCGGCCUACAGUUACAAUAUCUGGAAAUUGAUACAAAGCAUGAAAAAUUACUCUUCGUCGAACAGUUCACCAUCGACUCAAAGUUGGAGAAAGACAUCAUCAACACAUACUUCAAGCUAAAAACGUUCCAGCUCAUUUACAAUCAUACCGAAAUCUACGAAUGGGUCAAACGAAACAUUUUCACCUACGACCCGAACAGCGUCAAGCCCCUUUCGCUAAUACUACCCAGCAAAAGCAUCGAACAUUUCGACAAAAACAAUGAAAACGUUUCGUUCGUCAACUGGGUUAUGUCGCGUAUCGUUAUCAAAGGAUGUGCUGAGCUGUGGAACAUCUCAAUGUUGACCAAAUUGAACGAUGAAACAGCCGCGUUCAGUGUCAGCCAUUUGAAGUUGAUUCUGGAGCAGUUCGAUGAGAAACGGAGUAAUGUGUACAGCAAUCGAUUGGUUAAUGCCGUCCUAAACAAUCGACAUUGGAGCAUCGAAUUGAUGAUUGAAUCGUUGUGGUGGUCGUUGGGCAAUGCUACCAGUGACACAAAUUUCUUGAAGAAAAUUCACACGCGCGGAAGUCCGUUUUUCAUGGGAGUGAGUUUGAUAAAAUUGAGCAGUUACGGCAAUGCAACGAAAUUGGAUUUGUCGGUGCAUACGUUACGCACAGAGUAUAGUAAAUGCCUGGCGGAAUUUCUGCUAAAGCUGCAGGAGUGCGGUCGUCAGUAUGGAAUCAAAAAUAAGCCGAAAGUAAUUAAUGACAGGGCGCUCGGAGAGGCCGACGAAAGUAAUGUGGGUGGAGGUCUAUUGGUGAAUGCAAAAAUUACGGACGUGACAACAUUUUUCUUUAAUAACUAUGAGGCUUGUAUGCUGAUCAGUUUGACGGAAGUGACGUUGGCUCGGACACAGCAAAUAACGGUGUUGAAGUUGAAUGGAUUUCAGACGGCAAUUUUGGGCACGACAAAUGAUCAACUGAUGAGCUUGAAUGACUUCACCGACAUAUUCGGAAACAUUAAAGUAAUCCGAGUAGAAUAUGGGAAACAUCCAAAAAUGCCGAACGUUCCACAAUUCAAUGUGUACAUCCUUAAAGACACGGAAGCCAUGUGGAACUCUAACGUUCACAUGCAUAUCGUGACGCUGAUUCGCGAUAUGCAGGAAUUCCGUGACAAAUUUCAUCCGAAAUCGGCAGGUGAACUCGAUUUCAGUCCUGCGGUAGAAAAGGAGAAAAUCGAAAAAGUUCGGCCAAUCAUCGACGUGUAUGCUGAAGGCACAACCGUCCUUGGCAUCAAAAUAUCCGACCGGCAUUCGAUGCAGAUUUUCCUCGAGAAUUUUUAUUUCAGCUUCAAGGAACGGAUUGUCAUCUCCACCGAAAAGAUUUUCAUUAACAUCGACGAAAUGCACAUAUUUACGCUGAAGGAUGUGGAUGUUCAAUCGCUAGAUUCGAUUGAAGUGCUGAAAGCGGAGCGACAGAACUACGAGAAUUUUGUUCUACCAACGAACAAGGUGUGGAUAACGACGAUUGGCGGAUUCAAGGGAAUAUUUCCGUAUGAUCACGAUUUUGCCGAUGCCAUCCAAAAUGAAUUUGUGUCACUGUUUAAGUGGUUGAAACUGGUGCAUAAUGUGCAGAAGAAACCGUUUACGAAGAAUUCACCAUUACCUCGAGACAUGAUAAUUCAGGUCAAAGAGUUCCUUCUAGAGUUAAGCGACGAUCCGUUCGAAGUUAAAUUGCGUGAUAAUUAUGUACUACUUGUCGAUGAAUACCACGAAAGUCUGAAACGUAAACAGCUGUUCGAUCAGAAAAUUCGUGAACUAUGCUCGGAACGUCUACUAUUGCCAACUGGAACCAUCGAAGAAUUGUACUCCAAUUUGGUGAAAAAGAAUUCCGAGAUCUAUAUUCAACGGUCCAAGAAAAUCAACGAAGCUGGACCGACGAGAACUCGGCUAUUUUCAAUGAUCUUGAUGGAUUUGCAAAUAAUGGCAAUGGCCGAUCCGUCGAUACACGGCAAAGAUAAUGUGACCAAUAUGAUGCGUGAAAUAGACGCAGAAAGUCCUUGGCCAGAAGAAGGAUUGGAUUUCGUGACGUUGUGGUGUCGUGCUGUGAAUGUUAGCUGCUCGGAGUGGAAGUUCAUGUUGAGGGACUUUCCUCAACCAAUGUUUUCCGUCAAGCAAAUGCGAUUAUUUGGCAACUUGUGCGGUGCUGAACAAAUGGCUCCGGCUAGAGCUAAGAGAGAGGUUUCGAUCGAAGUCGGUGAUCCGUUCGGAGUCCAUGAAAUCCAGAGAUCCAUGACGUCUCUUAAAUUUUACCAUGAUUUUGACUGUGAAUACGACUUGUGUAGUUACGCAUUCGGACCGUGUUGGGAACCGGUCAUGGCCCAGUGCAACUUAAGUUUCGAGAAAAUAUCAACACCAUCGAAAGACCCCAGUCCUGCCAUGCCAUUUUGGGAUAAAAUGCGAUUACUAUUCCAUGGACGACUGACAAUGAUUGCAAAACAAUUUACGGUUUUGUUGCAUGCUUCUCUAGAUCCGUACAAUACGACCGAGGAGAUGGAAUUGAGUUGGCAUAACUGCGGCAUCGUUUGGACGAAUGCUAAAGUGAUGUUCAAGGGAGAAUUAAAUGUAUGUGUUCGAACAGCAUCCAGAUAUGAUGAUUGCCGAUUGUUACAUUUUCCCAAUUUGAAAUUGACUUUCAAAUUGAAUUGGAUUUGCCUGGCCAAUCCGAAUGACCAUCAUGCGGUGAUACCAUGCGCACCCGACAAAUUACCAGAGUAUUCAAGCAAUCAGGUCCACGAUUCAUUUCGUGCCUUCCGCUCGCAAAAUCUCAACAUUUGGGUAUCGUUUGAAACGAAACCGGCGCCUGGCCAACAGCAAUUUGAAUAUGAUUUGCCCAAUUUGGUGCUGUAUGGUAGUACAUUGCGCUGGUUUGAGAGUCUUCAAUUAAUAUUGUCGGGCGUAACGAGACCGACGAGACGAGGACCUGUUUUCAAUAAUAUCCGUCCACGCAAAAAGCAACUCAGUCGACAUUAUCGGAAGGCUCACUUGCAGAUGAGCUUGCACAAAUUUCAGGUACUAUAUUGGAUGUCACAUGCUCUACAUCGAGGAUUUGAACUGAAUGGAGGCCGUGUUACGUUUAGUUCCGAGCAUACUUUGACUUUGCAUCCGAUCGACGAUGGGCUAAUACACCGUCAGAGAGCUGAUUGGUCCACGAUGUACAUGAACUGUGAAGUGAACAACGCCGAGAUUUGGCUGAAAAGCAUUCUGAAUGAGAAACUGGAUAUUAGCUCGGAAAACAUAACGAAUCCUGACAGUUUGAAAAUCGUUAAAUUCUACUUCCUGAGUUUGGCCAAAGUAUCGUACGGUCGCGAGGCGAUGAUUCAGUCCAACAGCAACGAGCCGAAGCAAAAAGAUGCUCCUGUCCAUAAACUGGUUGUGUAUGAUUUGAAAGGCGCCUGGACAAAAAACAACCGGGACGUAGCAUUCGCAUUGUUCGAUUCUUUCAUGAAAUCUCAAAAGUUGAAAAAUAAUCUAUCCACCGAGGCAUUGAAGGGCUUCCGAAAGGAAGGGUCAUUGACACCGCUAAAAUCACGACGAGCCGAAACUUCACCGCCAGUGACAAAUCCAUCAUCUGGACAAAUUCUGGGAACUGGAAGUACUAGCUCGGCGAUAACACAGAAACAGCAGACAAGUCAUGCCGCUAACAUGUUACAACAAUUAAUCGCUGAAGCGGAUCAUAAAUUCAACGUCUACAGUGACGAUUUGUCGACCCAAACGCGUGAGGCUCAUUUGCAAGGUUUACAGGCUUGUCAGGACGAAGAUGUCACGCAAUACAAUUGGUUUAUAUCGCUAGUCAACUCGCAAGUAUUACUCAAAGGUUGUGAAACAUCCGGAUACGUGAUCUUAAGUGCAGCAAAGGCAGAAAUUUUGCAACGAGUUCACCGGCCGGUGUGGAGAGAUCGAAGUCUAGUAUCGAAGACUACUUGGGUCGGUUUCUUGGAAUGUAUGCAGUAUUAUGCGACGGUGAGUCCUGAUGAGAAUGAUUCGCUGCUGGACGAAAACAUUAUGUGGCUUACGUUAGAUAAUAUCGAGGAGAAAGAUAAAGAUGCGACUGUGAUAAACGAAUUACCCGACAUACCACAUUUAGUUGGAAGCGGUCAUAGUGUAGGUGGCGUGGUUAGCGAAACGGUUGGUGCUACUGGCGUAACUGGUCAUCCGGGUGAAGUACAUCCCAUUCAGUUGCAACGUAUCGUGUCGCGAUGUAAAUGUGAAUUUUUCUAUGUGAGCUACGGAGAUGCCAUAGAUCCGAGUUCCUUGACCGAGGUGCCACCACCUCCGACGGAAGAGACGAUAAGUCCGUGGGAGAAACAAGAUGAACCAGUCGAUGCGUUUACGUUGAUGCAUCACGAUUUGGAUGUGUGUACGAAUUCACUGCAGUACGCAAUGAUCCUGGACAUUGUGAACAAUUUGAUGUUGUAUGUUGAACCCCAACGGAAGCAAGCACUGGAAAAAUUGGCUCGGAUGAGAUUUCAGUUGCAAUUCAGCGGCGAAGAUCAGAAACGACCCAUUCAACAUUUGCAGACGCAGGUGCGAAGUUUGAUGUCUCGAAUGCGAUCUCUCGAAAAGGACAUACAUUUGAUUGGAAAGGCUAGAGCAGAAGAAGGUGAAAGUGAGGAGCUGAAGCGCGAAUUGGAAGAAGUUCAGAAGCAGAUUAAAGAAUGCAAAGAUCUGCUGACGGCGCAAAGUGAAGAAUUAGACAUGAUGUUGUCGUGCUACAAGGAGACUCAGUUGUCAGCUAUGAACAAACUGGCAACGAUACGCAAAGACCGGCCAAUCACUAUUGUACGAGCGAACGAAAUUUGUUUUAAACACGCUCAGUGGCGACUUACUGAGGCUGACGGUCAAAUUGGCAUUGCGGAUUUGAUAUUGAGCAAUUUCUUGUAUACGAAAAAAUCAAAGAACGACGAUUCGGUCGAGCAUUUACUGGAACUCGGCUACAUUCGAAUGAACAAUUUGAUUCCUCGGGAGAACUACAAAGAAGUUCUGUGUCCAACUGAAAUUCAGAAGGAUAUGCCAGUCGACCAUCAACGGGUAAUUCGAGUAUUUUGCCGGGAAAAACCACCGGUUGGAGGCAUAUCAGUUAAGGAACAUUUCGAAAUAAACGUUGUGCCGAUUACAAUUGCGAUCACCAAGAAAUUCUACAGUACAAUGCUGAAAUUCUGUUUUCCCGAUCGCGAUCCAUCCGAUGCCGAUGUAGCUGAUGACAUGGACGACACAGCAUCCGUGAGCAGUUCGUCAUCAUCAAAGUCAUCCAAAAAAGUGACCAGUAAAUUGAAGAAAGGGAACAAGGAUUCGGAAUUCUACGUACGCAUCGAAAAAGACGAUGUCGAGAAAAUGAAAGAACGAGCCGAGAAGAAUAAACUUUUCAUUUACAUCAAAAUACCGGAAGUGCCCGUCCGUGUCAGCUACAAAGGAAACAAGGAAAAGAAUUUCGAAGACAUAACCGAUUUUUCGCUUGUCAUACCGACGUUAGAAUAUCACAAUGUUACGUGGACGUGGUUGGACUUACUGUUGGCCAUGAAAUCGGAUAGUCGUCGUGUAAUAUUGUCACAGGCAAUUAAGCAAAAGCUUCAAAUACAUCGUCAUAAACCAUUGACAUCGAUUGGUGAAAGAUCCUCGCCGCAGGAAGAGGAUAAAGCAAAAAUGUUGUUUGGUAAUCGACAGGCUCGUGGAACUAACGAUAAGCCGGAAAACAAGAGUCAACGAAGAGGAGUGUUCAAGUUUACAUCAAAUAAAUAAAAUGUAAACUUCGGUGUCGAGACUAAAUACUAAAUUUAUUUAAAAAAAAGUGUU